ACCGGCCCUUAAGCUCCAACAUUCUAUUUCUGGCACCUAUGGAAUACACAGGGGACGCAGCCAACAAUAGAAUCCCUUGAGGUCAAAGGGCACUGCUCUGGGCAGGGGCUGCUCUGCAGAGCUGUUGUGACCUUCCCAGCCGGCUGGGACAACGGGGCUGUGUCUCCUGUGAGCAGAGCCCCUCCCCAUGGCCAUGAGCCCCUCCCCGGACAUGGCAGUCGAGGUGACUGCGGGCCGUGGCUUCCUUCUGCAGGCCAGCCAAUUCCUUGACCUUGAAGCAGAAAGCUGAAGGCCCGUGGAGCUGGCCCGAGGAGGGGGAGCCUCCAGAGUGAGACCUGCUGAGCCCUUCAAUGCCAAGAGCAGAACUGCCCAGAAUACGUGUGCAGAGCCCGCGUGGGUGCUCCCCAAGGUCAGGCCUACGUGGGCUCGGUUUCUAUGCAGGCUGAUCCUGUGUGGGCUGGGCUGCUGGACACUGUCAAGGUCACCGCCAAGGGACAGUGAACCUCCCUCGGCAGGCGGGCAGCCACUCCCCGAGGAGCACCUGCCCCGGGGCUGUGGACAACAAAGGCUGGCCGUGUCUCUUCAGCACGCUGGCCUUUCUGCCUCUCUCCUUCGCUCUGGCCCUUGGCUGAGGGUCCACCAGGACCCUCUGCAAGCACAAGGCUUCUGACAGCUUCCCGGGAAGCCCCAAUCUGUGUGAACAUCUUUGAAGAGCGUCCUGGUGUGAGCGAGACAGGCCUCGGCUUGGCGUCCUGCCCUGGGAAUGUGACUGCCAGCACCACCAUGGUGGUCACCCAGCUGAACCUCAAGUUCCACUUCCAGAACAAGAAGCUGCGAGGCUUCAGCUGUGAGGUCAUCCGCUGUCCCCACGGGGUCCUCCCCGAGACCUUCUUCACCAUGACGUGUCAGGUCCUGGUGCCCGUCCUGCUGUCUGCCCUGGGCAUGAUGAUGGCCGGCCUGGUGAUGAACAACGUGCAGCACUGGCCCGUGUUUCAGGAGGUGAAAGACCUGCUGACGCUGGUUCCGCCCCUCGUGGGCCUGAAGGGGAACCUCGAGAUGACACUGGCCUCGCGACUCUCCACGGCUGCUAACACAGGACAGAUUGACAACCCCCAGGAGAGACACAGACUCAUUGGCAGCAACCUGGCCCUUGUGCAGGUUCAGGCCACUGUCGUGGGGCUCCUAGCUGCUGUGGCUGCCCUGCUGCUGGGUGCUGUGUCCCGGAAGGAGCUGGACCUGGCACCUGUGGAGCUACUGUGUGCCAGCAGUGUCAUCACUGCCUUCAUCGCGGCCCUGGCCCUUGGACUGCUCAUGGUUUGCAUCGUGAUUGGUGCUCGAAAGUUCGGGGUCAACCCAGACAACAUCGCCACCCCCAUCGCAGCCAGCCUGGGAGACCUCAUCACACUGUCCAUCCUGGCCUUGGUUAGCAGCUUCUUCUACAAACACAGAGACAGUCGGUACCUGAUACCACUGGUGUGCGUCGGCGUCAUGGCCCUGAUCCCAUUGUGGGUUCUUAUCGCCAAGCAGAGCCCACCCAUCUUAGAGAUCCUGAAAUUCGGCUGGUUCCCGAUCAUCCUGGCCAUGGUCAUCAGCAGCGUCGGGGGCCUCAUCCUGAGCAACACCUCGUCUAAGCCGCAGUACAAGGGCAUGGCCAUCUUCACACCCAUCAUCUGUGGUGUUGGCGGCAACCUGGUAGCCAUUCAGACCAGCCGAAUCUCCACCUACCUGCACAUUCGGAGCACGCCUGGGGUCCUGCCGCUGGGCAUGAAAAAAUUCUGUCCCAAUCCAUGCUCAACUUUCUGCACCUCAGAGAUCAACUCCAUAUCAGCCCGAGUCCUGCUCUCCCUCGUGGUCCCGGGCCACCUGAUUUUCUUCUACAUCAUCUGCCUGGUGGAAGGUCAGUCGGUGACAGACAGCAAGAGCUUCGUGGUACUGUACCUGCUCGCAGGCCUGAUCCAGGUGACCAUCCUGCUGUACCUGGCUGAGGUGAUGGUCCGGCUGACGUGGCACCAGGCCCUGGAUCCUGACAACCACUGCAUCCCCUACCUCACGGGGCUGGGGGACCUGCUGGGCACCGGCCUUCUGGCCCUCUGCUUCCUGGUCAACUGGCUGCUGUGGAGCCAGGUGGACCUGGACUACCUGCCAGAACUGACCACUGGACCUCCCUAAUCCAGCCCUGCCGGCCCUGGCCACAGAGUCAGAUCUCCCUCCUCACCCCAGCAGGCUCCAGAAUGGAGCUUCUCCCCGACUGGGUCCUCAGAGUGGCUGGCGCCUGGCCUUGGCGGUGCCCUUGAUCAGGCUGCUGGAGGGACUCGCAUGCCCUGCCGCUCUGGAGUGGGCUUCCAAGCCUCCUGGAAUAAGGGGUGCUACUUUUGCAGGUGUGAGUGUGUGCGUGUGCACAUGUGUGCGUGGGGAGGGAGUGGCGUGUUCUGGCCGAAAGAAGCUACAGAAGAGGCACGUCCAGCUUGGCAGAGUGUAUUUGCCUGGCUCACAUCCAUGCAGUGCACAUGAGUGGAGCGUUGGGGGGUUCUGGAGCUCCCCAAGCUCAGGAUGCUGUGCCUGGCUCUACUGCUGUCUCUACCAGGUCCUGGCUCAUGCCCUGGGAAUGUGGGCAGGACAGGACCUGGCAUACCCUUCUCCCAUCUCCCCCCGCCCGAGCAUCCCCUUUAACCUUAUCACUGCUUUC